AUGGAGUUUCUCGCCUCCUUCGCAUCUCGCCACGCUGCGGCGCCGCGAAUUCAGAUCCGCUUUGUAGAUGCUCCGCGAGCGUCAUGGCGGUUGAAACAGCAAUCCAGAUCGUUCAGGACGACCACAAUCUACGCCCGAGAAGUGACUGGAAAAGCACCCACAAAGGUCCGCGGUAAAUCGAAGCUCUAUUCCUCAGCGGAUGAUGCUGUGGCCGAUAUCAAAUCUGGAUCUAUAGUGCUUUCGGCAGGUUUUGGACUAUGCGGCACUGCAGAGACUGUCAUCGGGGCGAUGACACGGAGAGGUGUGGACAAGCUGCACUCUUUGACUGCAGUAUCGAACAACGCUGGAACUGCUAUCGGUGGCGGCCUUUCUCCUCUGAUUCAGUCUGGCCAAGUGAGUCGUGCGAUUUGCAGUUUUCUGGGAAACAACAAAGCGUUGGAAAAGAAGUAUCUCUCCGGCGAAAUUGCCAUUGAACUCACACCACAAGGCACGCUUGCAGAAAAGAUCCGCUGCGGUGGUGCUGGCAUCCCAGCGUUCUUCACUCCCACCGGUGUCAACACAUUCAUCCAGUCUGGUCAAAUCCCCGCAAGGCUAAAGAAUGGCGAAGUCCUAGAAUCUGGUAAAGCACGAGAAACCCGCAUCUUCGACGGCCGUGUCUACAACAUGGAGACGGCAAUCAAGGGAGAUGUUGCCAUCCUGCGAGCUCACAAAGUCGACAAGGACGGCAAUGUCAAGUUCCGCUACACCACCAAAUCCUUCGCACCACUAAUGGCUAAGGCCGCCAAAGUGACUAUCGUCGAAGCUGAACACAUUGUCGAAACGGGCGAGAUCGGCCCAGACGAGAUCGAUGUCCCAGGCAUCUUCGUCGACCGAAUCGUGCAAGCCACUGAAGACAAAAUCAUCGAGAUCAAGAAACUCCGCGAAGAGAACGAUAUCGAAGCCGAAGGCGCCAAAUCCGACGCUCUCGCUCGCAGGAACCGUAUCGCUAGACGUGCCGCCAAGGAGCUCAAGCCUGGAUUCUACGUCAACCUCGGUGUUGGCAUGCCUACCCUCGCCCCAUCUUUCCUCCCACCAGACAGCAAGGUGUGGAUUCAAUCUGAAAACGGUAUCCUCGGAAUGGGUCCUUACCCAACUGAAGAGGAACUCGACGCAGACAUCAUCAACGCCGGCAAGGAAACCGUCACCCUCGUCAAGGGCGCCGCGACCUUCGACAGCAGCGAAUCCUUCGGUAUGAUUCGCGGCGGACACGUCGAUGUCAGCAUGCUCGGCGCCCUGCAAGUUGGUGCGAACGGUGAUCUGGCAAACUAUAUGAUCCCUGGCAAAGUCUUCAAGGGAAUGGGCGGUGCCAUGGAUCUGGUUUCGAACCCCGAUGAGACGAAGAUUGUUGUCUUGACGGAUCAUGUGGACAAAUAUGGAGCACCGAAGAUUGUGGAGCACUGCACACUGCCUUUGACUGGGGCAAGGUGUGUCAGUACUAUUAUUACUGAUUUGGCUGUAUUUGACGUGGAUAGAGUCAGGGGAGGUCUCACUCUGAUCGAGACCGCUCCAGGUGUGGGCGUUGACGAGAUCAAGCAGAAGACGGGCGCCAAGUUCGCCGUCGCAGAGCCAUUGGGCAAGAUGGAGUAA